AUGUAGAAAUAAACGGGUAUAACGGGGAUAUUUUUAUGCCGGAGUUAAAUGUACACUACUUAUAGUGAAUAUUUUUGAUGGAUUACUCACAUAUUUUAUAUGAUUUAGGAUUAUUUCACAAUGCUACUGUAGGUUAGUAACUUUGACUAGAUAUUUUUCUAUUUCUAUUAUGGGUUCAUGUUUAAUGUGAGCAUCUGCCCAAAACUAUACACUAAAGCACAAAAGGCAAUGGAUUUGCUGUAUAUCAAAACUAAAAGAAAUACUGGAAAUACUGGAUGGAUUUGAUGGACUCAUGCUUAUCAAUUUUUAUGACCAUUCAAUCUGUGAAUAUUUCGGCUUGUAUGGUCAUGAAAAAAUAGUCGCACUGUCACGCUUUGGUUAGAGAGCCCACCAUGUGAUCAAUGACGUUUCAAUCUUGAUGAGAAGGGAUGCACAUUCCCGAAUGCAUCCUUCCUCAUGAUAUGUUGAGUUAAACAUGUUCAUUGCACAUAAAAAUGUCACAGAAAGAGAUGCAGUGCCAAAUACCGACCGCAUGCAGUGCGCGAGCAUGACUAAACAUGUGGUAUUUGAACAUAUGGUAUUUAAACAUGUGGUAUUUAAACAUGUGGCAUUUAAACAUGUGGCAUUUAAACAUGUGGUAUUUGAACAUAUGGUAUUUAAACAUGUGGUAUUCAAACAUGUGGCAUUUAAACAUGUGGUAUUUAAACAUUUGGUAUUUGAACAUGUGGUAUUUAAACAUGUGGUAUUUAAACAUGUGGUAUUUCCAGAAGACAUUUAAUUCGGCUUUGCAAGACACUGUGCUUGGUAUUUCGUAAACUAACAUUAUAUAGCAAGCACGACAUUAACUGUUCAAUAAAACAGCGUUCAUGUACAUAAAUUGUGUGAACUCAAAUCAUGAAGUAUACGAUUUUCUGUCAUUCUUGGUUUGGUCGUUGAAGAGAUAAGACGUAUUUUUUGUGCUCUCGACGUCGCGCUCAGUAUAUAAAUUGAACUGCGCGGGCAAAAAAACGCUCAGUUGACCAAUAGACUUUGACAAAGACAGACGUUAAUUUUGUGAUCUCUGAAAAAAAUUUGACAUGAUUUUUUUUUAUGAUGACUAUGUCUCAGUUGACUUUUGAACGUUAACGAAUAUGAACGUACUUUCGUGAGCUCUGACUACAGUAUCGAUGAAAAGUUUUGAGUUUAACUGACUUGACUUCGCGUUAUAGAAUAGCGACUUGGUACUCGGGUUAUUGAAUGACUGGUGGACUGUAGUGUUAGGUUAUUGUCAUGAGAUAACAACUUGACUUUGACUUGAGUUGUGUGCAAUUAAAUUUGUGUUGGGGUGUCAAGCGAUUGACUUCACUUGAACUCUGGACGUCGGAGUGAUCAGAUGUGUCUUUGAAGCUGGUGUCUACGAAAACGUGAGUACAAACUUUUGUGUUUGACUGUUGACGUGUCUCACUGUGUAUGAUGAUUUAUGAUGAUUUUAAGCGGCUGGCGUAUUAUUGUUGAGUUGUUGUACUGAUAGAGAAGUGAAAUGCGUUGGGUAUAAAUUACUCAGUACUUAUACAGUGUCGAUAAUAUGGUGUGAUGAGAGAUGAUGGUGUUACAAAAUAUUUACUGAGCUACUUUGGGAAACGAACCGAUGAUGUAAAAACAUUGGAAACAUAUUUCAUGAAAAUGCAUGUGCUUAUAUGUACUAAAUAUGAUAUUGCUUUACUUGUAUUUGCAUGUCGUUAACAUUUCUAUUUUAUUUCAGUAUGCUGUGGUGAGUAUUGCAGAUUUAACUUGUAUGUGUGGUUUUUAGUUAACGAUGCUUAAUGAAAACUAUUAUUGUACACUUAGUAUGGAAUGAUGUGAAUGAUGAUAUGAUGGGUAGAAUUAAUCAGUGCUUGUGUCUAGAAAUGCUGAAUGUUUAUUGAAAAGGCUAAAUGCUAGCCAGUACUAAGAGUUGAGCUACCGUGGGAAUGUGAAACGAACUGAUGGUGUAAUAUGAUGGUGUAUUGACAUACUUUUCUUAUAUGUACUAAAUAUGAUAUUGCUUUACUUGUAUUUGCAUGCUGUUAACAUUUCUAUUUUGUUCCAGUGUGCUGUGGUGAGUACUGUAGAUAUUACUUGAUUUUUAGUGUCUAUGAAUGCUGAUGUAUGAUAGCUAUAGCAUGAGCUCAAUGCUAACCAGUAGUAUGAGUUGAUGUAUUGUGGUGAUGCUAAUCGAACUGAUGAUGUAACAUGAUGGUGAACACUUACUGAAUGCAUAAAAUUUAUUGAAUUGCAUUUGUUGAUAUGCACUAUAAUAUGAUAAAUGUAUUGCUUAACAUGUAUAUUUCAUGAUGUUUAAUUUCAGUGGGCUGUGGUGAGUACUGUAGAUUGUAUUGCCUAUGUAUAGAAUUCAAUAAAAGAUUAUGACUGAAAACUGCUUUUGAUUCUUUUUGAACAGUUUUAGGGACUAUAAGUCUAUAACAAAAAUAUGUCGGUUGGCGUUCAUACAGCAAUGUUUUGAGUAGUACAGAAAUGUUUCUACGUUUGUGGUCGCCAGUUGUCUGUGAUGUGUAAAGUGAAAAAUACACGGAGCUUUGAAUACAACAAACAGUUACUGUUUUAACACAGAUUGUGUGCUAUGCAUUUUUCGAUGUAGAUCUUUUUCAGAUUUGACAUGAAAUGUAGACCUGACAUUUGAACAGAGCUGGGAAACGAAAAGGUAAGUUUGUUAAAUUUCACAAUGAACACUUGUGUUUUGACAAAAGAAGAGAUAAAGUGAGUUUUGUCAUCAUCAUGGUUUCUUUCAGAGUAUAACUCGUGAACAGAUGAAAACCUAUUUUUUGCUAGAUUUUCAUGUACUCUUUUUUUGGAUGAUAAGUAUGUCAGUAACUCAAAAUCAUACGGCUAGUACAGUAUGGAACAUGAAUGCUUUGUUCAGAUUUUCAGAUGUGUGCUGGCAGUUCAAGUCUGGCAGCUGAAGUGAACAGUCAUGAUUUUGUUGGAGCUCCAACAAUAUGCUAGAAGGUAAGUAACUAUGUUUAAUUUGCAUUGCAUGUUUUCCUAUGUUUCAGACUUUUAAACAGAGAUGUCAUGAUGACUGGAGUUGAGCACAGGGCAGUGAUAAAGUAAAAGGUAAGUACUGAAUGUUUGUUCUAUGCAUGUUUUGCUAUAAUACAUUCCAGGAGUGCUUAUGCAGUGAUGAUUUGACAGUUGAGUGAAAGUGGAGCCAUGCAGUCUUGAUUUUGAAGCUUAUCAACAAGCCUUGAAGGUAAGGUUAGAAUGACUCAAUGUUAGUGAAUUAUUUAAAAAAAUAUACUGUCAGUGAAGUACUGUCAGUUGCAUUUGGACAGUUGAGCAGAACAGACGUAGCUGUAAGAGCUCUCAUAUCUGUUGUGUAAAACUGUCCUAAUGAUAUGUUAUGCUUGUUUGUUUCUGUUGUACUAUUUUUCAGAUACGUUUGGCAGUGAAGGAUUGAAAGCUGACAUGAACAGAAAAAAGAUGCUGUUGGCAGUGAUGGGUUUGGAAGCUGGCAUGAACAGAAAAGCAAACAUAUGGUGAGUACAAAAUAGUUUUUAUAUGGUAUGUUUUGUGCAUGCUUCUAUGUUUCAGAUGUACUUGCAGUCAACAACGAAGAUGAUUCAAGAAGAGAAACAUUGUUGUGAUGUGAAUAGAACGUUCAAAUAGGGUAAGUGUAACAAUUGUGGUAGUUUGAUUUGUACCAUGUGUGUAUUGCUAUGUUUCAGAUUGCACAUGCAGAGAUGGUUUCCUACUGGGUGUCAAUAGAAGGGACACGAGUAAAAACGAUUUCAACUGCUAAACCACAAUUCAAGAAGUUGGGUAAGUUUUAAGUCAUUGAUUUGAGGUGUACAAUGUGUUCUUUACUUUGUUGCAGAUUCGAGUCACUGGUUUACACAUGGAAGAAGAUUUCCACCUCUGUGACACAUCUUUACAAAAGCAAGAGGGCCAGAUGUCGAGCAGUACAGAUGUGUUUCUUGGAGGGAGCUCCCAAACCCUUUACUGCUGGACGAGUGUUCUCUACUACUAGACGUGUCAGGUUUACUACCAGGCGAGCAGUGACAACAAGGCGCCUUUGUGGAAACAACACAACAAAAAACUGUACUGCUAGACGAGCAGUGACAGAAAGGCGCCUGAACAUGCAACACAAAACAAAAAAUGCCAAUAUCCAAACCUUGAUGUGGACACCGAGUAGUCAAUACAUACGUGUGGCGUAUAGCUGCGACAAAACCGUGGGUCCAUCGCACCGAUAACUUGAACAUUGGCCCGUGUAUGGACAUCAGUGCAACUUUGUGAAUCCAUGUAACUUUGUGAAUCCAUGUAACAUUGCGAAUGUGUGUCGAUCGAAAAAUGUGUACAUUCUGCACUGAAACGAACUCGGUGUUGCAAGUGGCAAGUGUUGACAGUGUGUAUGUUUAUGUUUAUGUUUUUACAUGAAAAAUAAAGGAGAUUGUUGUUUUA